AUGACUAAUAAAACAAUCCUGAUUAUAGGUGGCGGCAUCGCCGGCCUGACGGUGGCUCGCGUCUUGAAACAGCGAGGGAUACCGUGCAUAGUCUUUGAGCGGUCUGCACUGUACACUACUCAGGGCUACGCAAUUACCGUUCGCGACUGGGCCUUCAACCCUCUCCUGGCAGCGCUGGAUGAUGUGCCUGUCGAGACUUUCCAGAAACAAGUGGCUGUGGACCGUCUCCUUGGAGGUUCUGGAUGGGUCGACCUAACAAUCCGAGCUAACGAGACCGGUAAGUCUCUGUUCAACCCGGAACCUCCCAGAACUGGGGACGAAGCCGUCCUGUUUAGGGCGAACAGGAGCGUGUUGCUGAAUUGGCUGGCUCUCGGUGUGGAGGUUCGUCAUGGCCACAAGUUGACUGCAGUGAGAGGGCAGCCUGGUAAUGUCACGGCCGUUUUUGAGAGUGGCGAGGAGGUGACUGGAUCCAUGAUUGUGGCCGCAGAUGGUGUGCACUCAAGUGUUCGGAACUGCCUCCUACCGGAUCUGAAGGCCCAGCUACUUCCCGUCGUCCUCUUCCACGGCAAGAGACGGAUGGACACCACAUCAUGGCGCCAAAUAUGGGCCCCUCACGUCGGGGAAUCCACCAUAGCCGCGGGCGUGGGCCAUAACUUCAACACCUUCGUAACCGUCGCUAACAGCACGGGACCCGAAGCAAUCGACCUCGACUGGACGUAUUCUCGUGUGCAACAGGGCGAAAAGGACCCCCUCUGGAUGCCCGACCAGCCGGGCAUGAUCAAGGUGCCACAGCAUCUCCUGAAGGAGAUCCGCGCCAAGGACCUGGCGCCACCCUUUUCGGCCCUCAUUGAUGCAGACGCUAUUAAGAAGGACAAGGUGCACAACUGGCGCAUUUGGGCGGUGCAAGCAACGCGGGGGGACUUGGACAAGGCGGCUGAGACAGGCGUCGUGUUUGUUGGUGAUGCCGUACAUGCCAUGCCCAUCUUUGGGGGCGAAGGUGGUAACCAUGCCAUUCUGGAUGGUGUGGGGCUGGCGACACUCGUGGCUGGGAGAAUUUGUGGCGCAUCCUUAACUGCUGGCGAUGUCGAGGCUGUUAUACGGGAGUUCAAUGACUGCGCUCAUCAAAGGGGCCAAGCCGCCGUGAAGAGAUGCACGCAGCGUUUCUCUCAAUUUCACCAGUCGAUUGGAAAGUGGAAGAAAGUGGCGGAGAUGGCCUCCACUGUGUGA